CAGCAUCCCCUGCACGGAGACAAAAGCCCCCCCAGGGCUCCUUCGCUUGCUGGAGCGGCCGAGGAACGGUUGGCUCGGCUUCCCGGCGCGCCGCGAGCGAGCGAGCGAGGUCGCAGGUGAAAACGGAGCCCUGCACCUGGCCUAGCAGUUCAGAGAGAUACAGACAGCCUGCCCAGUGUCAGUCGGUGCGAAGAUGGAUGACAAUGGCGCUGCUGGUGGAGACCCAGCUCCACGGCUGAAUGGCGUGGCAACGGCCAGUAAAGGAGCCCGGGCUGCCUGUCCACCUGCAGCAAAGCAAACACCCAGCAGGAGCCCUCGGGCUCCAGUGCAGGCCCCUGGCAGGAAGCAGCCAGGAGCCACUACAAGUCGCCCUCCUACAGUUCCUUGCGGCGCCCCCAGAAUGCUCAGCAAUGGAGCAGCCAGGAAGCCCCCCGUGUUGCAGACGAAGCAGCCUGUGGCCAAGGCCAGUACUGCCACCAACUUGUCUGCUAAGGGGGCAGUGAAAAAGGUCAUGGGGGACAAACCCAGCGGGCCAAAGACUUCAGAAAGGAUCGGUCAGGAGAAGGAGGUGCAGCAGAAACCCACAAAAGUGGAAACGCAGGUGACGGCUUCAGCACCAAAGGCAACUUCCACGAAAGUCAAGAAACCCGAACAGACAAAGCCCCCCAGAACUUGGUUGCCAGGGACCAAGAAUUCAACUGCAUCAGCCCUAAACAGACCACCAGCCAAUAGCACCGCAGCCAACGGCAAAGGUGUGGGGAAACCUAAGCAGGCAGUGCCAGCUGCUGGUCAAGCUGUAGUAGCGCAGCAGAAAAGCAGUCCGGCUACACAAAGAGAUGCUUCCAGAGCUGUCGCGACCUCAAAGCCCAAGCCUUCAAGAUCAAACCCUGCUGUGAAGAUGCCGCCUGCCCCUUCCAGGCACCCCAAACUCCCAAGCUCCAAAUCUCAGUCCGAGCAAAACCUCGGGCAAAGGAAUGCGGCCGCCCUUCCAAAUACCAAGCUUUCGUCGAAGAAAUUCUCGGAGUCCGCUAAGCCCAGAACUCCUGCCAAGGCGGCUGGUGGGACUUCGCAUCCGCCCACGCCACAAAGAGCUGCUAUCUCUGCUUCCAAGGCUUCUCCUGCAGGGGGCAGUCCAGGCAAGAAGCUCCCCAAGAAAGAUGCCCUUCCUAGCCAAGAGCAGGCCCCCUCUCCAAAGAAGGUCCAGAAGGCCAAGGAAGGGCAUGCCAUGGUGGUCACUGGUGAAGCAGAAAGCAUCUCCAUAGAGGAGGCAGGGCCCAUCGAACAAUUAGACCCUGCAGCAGAGGUAGAGACUGUUUCCUUGCUAGACUCCCAAGAGGCAGUGUCUGAGACCUGCAGGGUGGAAGCCGUGGCGACUGAGCAGUUGGAGCCAGGGGGCUUGGAAGGGGAAGACUGGGCUGGACAUCCCAGCCUGAAAGUGCUAACUCCAGCCGCUCUUGAGGCACCCCUGUCCUCGCUUGAUCAACAAGAUGUGACGGUCUCUUCCUCGCCCACCGAGAUGCAUCCAGCGGUCCUUGUCACACCUUUGGCUUUGUCCAGUCCAGAUGAUGUGAAGGACUCUUCCUCUCCUACUGAGAUGCAUCCAGCAGUCCUUGUGGCGCCUCUGGCUUCGUCGAGCCCACAAGAUGUGACAGUCUCUUCCUCUCCCACCGAGACGCAUCCAGCAGUCCUUGAGGCACCUCUGGUCUCUCUGCCUCCGCAAGAUGUGGAUCAUGACGAGCUCUCUGAGGUCCUGAGCGUCCCCGGUGACGAAAUACUGGGCUUGCAGGCAGCUUGCACUUACGAACCAUCCCUUCCUGUUGAUUCGGGGCUUGCUUCCCAAACUUCAACACUGGAAUCUUCCCAGACUAGGCAGGCAGGCACAGACUCUGAGUACUUAGAGGAGCAAGUCUUUCCGCGCCUUGAUGUUCCAGUGGCUGUUGAGCAGCCGCACUUACUGCUUGACGCAGAAGAGCCUUGUGAAGGCAUAAGCCACCUCUCGUCACCCGGCACGCCGGUGUCCACUGGGGAAGAUGUCCCCAUGCCAAGCUGUGUAGAAGGAUUUCAUUCUCCCGGGUCCUUGGUUCCACAUUUUGGGUUGCUUGAAGAGGCCCAAACUGCCGAACCUCUGGCAGAGGCAGCGGAGGUGUCUGUCGUCACAGCGGAGCAGCCCUCCUCGUUCAGCCAGGCAGGUCCUCCCCUGGAAACUAUGGCAGAGCCUUGGGCAGCCGAACAUGAAGUGAUGGACGAGGUCCUAAGCCUGCCUCGUAGCCCAGAGGUGGAGCGGCAGGUGGAUAGGGCCCCAGUGGAGGCAGAGACUGAGAGGCUGAGGAGGAGCCCACUAGAGCUUGCAGCUGAAUGUGGUGACGUAACACAGGAAGUGGUCACUUCUCCACAGGCUGAGAGGCCACAAACAGCUGCCAUUUAUACCGAAGAUGAACUCCUGGAGCUUCCGCAUGCAGCAGAACCUUCUGUAAUCAGUGAGUUUGUUCAGGACCAGGCCCCAGUCUCUCCCCAGACCCCUGAAAGCUUGCUUCCCACAGAAUUUGUUGGAGAGCCUUCUGUAGCCCACAGCGACCCAUGCAGUUGUUUGGGUGGACAUCCCGCAAUUGGAGGCCCUGUGGAUGAUGGUGGCGGUGAUGAUCCAGUGCUCCUGGAAAUGUGGGGGGGUAACCUGAACCGAGAGGAGGCUCCUGCGGGGGAAGCUCCAGGCUUCCGGCCCCAUCUCUCAGGGGAGCUCUCUCCGAGCGGUGUGGCUCAGGUGUUGGUGCACAAACCCCAGACCCUGCCCCUGAAGAGCCUUGAGCUGCUGCAGGAGCCUCCCGCCCAGCUCCCCGAGCUCCCAGACUUGCUGCUGAGUAGCACAGUGCUGACCACGAGCCAGUCCCCAGAGAGGGGAGGCUCCUCUUCAAAGUCCAGCACUUUAAGCGGACCCGAUUUGGCAGGCAAGAGCAGCAGCGAGACCAGCACCCCCGAGGAACUGCUGGACUAUGACAGCAGCUCUGGGGUAGAGUCCAAGUCGGAGGAGAAACUGGAGCAGACCUGCCACCAGCUCCUGAGCCCCCUGGAGGACCUGCCCGGCGAGCUGGACCUGGGCAUCCACAUGGAGAAGGGAGACGAUGAGGCAGAAACCCUGCCUGCUGACGAAGUCCUUGGCGACCCGCCCACUGAGCCCACCGUGUCCUCCGAGGAGGAAGCCGAGCUGGACGCUGAUCUCCUGAAGGACCCGGGCUUCGCCAAAACAGCCGUGUGCCUGUCGACUUCUUUCCCGGGCAAGCCGUCCUUGCCCCACUCCGUGGAGGAGUCUGACGAGCCGGGUUCCGGCGACGCUGGCACCGAGACCCCGGCCUCCACCAACUCUGCCGCCUCUUGCGACGUCUUUGGCGCCUUCCACCUCCACUCCACCGACAGCUGUGGGAAGAGCCCUGGCCUCUCUUCCCUCGAGAGCGAAGAGGGCAGCAAGGACCAGCUCCCCAAAGAGACCGGCAGCAAGGCCUCCGUGGAGUGGGAGCAGCAUUCCUUGCAGGCCUCGCCAGCUCCCCAGAAGACGCCUGGAGGGCAGGGGGAAGAGUCAUCCCAGCCUUUCACUGCCACUUAUAGCUUGGCUGCAGGUGACAAUGGGGCUGGCCUGCCCUUCCCCUGGGGACCCUGUCCGUCAGAGAUCCUCUCCACUAUCUAUGAAGUGGAAAGUGGCGCUGAGACUCCUGGCCCGGACGAAGAGGACGGGAGCCGCCAUUUGCGCGCUGCGUCCCGAGACCAGGCUCUUCACCUAGGAAGCAUCCAGGCCACAAUGGUGCAGCAGCUGAUCAGCCGGACGCUGCUCUUCUCAGCGGAGGCCCCUUCCGGGGCAGCUGGUGGGAAGGGGGCACUGAGCAGCGAAGCAGAGAUUGGCAAGUGGACCGAACUGAUCUCUCCUCUGGAUGAAUCGCGCGCCAGCAUCACUUCUGUGACGAGCUUCUCCCCAGAGGACAUGUCAUCCCCGCACGGGGACUGGACUGUGGUGGAGGUGGAGACCUUCCACUGAAUUUGUUUCCUUUGAAAUGGAAAGUUUCCCUUGGGCAUUUUGACUUGUUUCCCCCCAACACCC